CGAUCUUCGAACGUUCUAAUACAUGACCUUUUCUGCACAAGCUUCAAACUGUGAGCAUUAACUGGACAAUAAACUCUAUAGUUUGAGUGGCACUCAACAUGCCGACGAAAAAGGACAAGUUAAUCCUUGGAACAGCUGGUGCUGUCGGCGCGGGAAUUCUCUCGUGGCGCGCUUUCUUUCCCUGGAUUGGCCAUGAUCUCCGUAUGAUGAAAAAUGGUGGAAACGCAGGCAAAAAGCUGAUGGCAGAUCAAGUGAACAAACGCUUUCUCAUCAACAUGUUUGAAGAAGCAGUUGAGAAAUAUCCAAAGAAACCGUUCAUAAUAUUUGAGGAUCGCAUUUAUACAUAUGAGUUUGUGAAUCAGCAGACAAAUAGAGUAGCUAACAUCGCUGCAAAAUGGGGGCUGAAAGUUGGCGACUGUGUGGCAAUUAUGAUUGAAAAUGAGCCUGCAUUUAUAUGGACAUUCUUAGGUCUACAAAAGCUUGGUAUUGCAGUAGCGUUUAUCAACUUCCACAUUCGAGGCCAGCCACUGAUCCAUACACUCAAGGCCUGCGAAGCUAAGGCUCUCAUCAUUGGAGCUGGUGAUUACAUUCUGCCAAAGAUAGAAGAGGUUCGCGGCGAAUUAGGUGACCUUCCUAUUUUUGUCCAGGGUCAGCCCUUAAUGCUGGGUCCCGCCUACACAAGUUGGGACGACUUGAUGUUAUCUGCCCAUCCAGUUCCCCUGUGUCGGACAGCGCGAGCUGGAAUGGACUUACCAACUCCGUGUUGUUAUAUCUUCACCUCAGGGACUACAGGUCUACCAAAGCCAGCUAUUAUCAGUCAGGCAAAGGCAAUUGGGAUGAGCAAGUUUUUUCAGCUGUUUUACUUCAAGCCUUCUGACAUUGUGUACACUGUAACUCCACUGUAUCACAGCGCUGCUGGAGGUUUAGGACUCAUGAACACACUGGAUCAGGGUGCUACGAUGGUGUUGCGGCGCAAGUUUUCAGCGCAGCAUUUCUUUGAGGAUGUUCGAAGACACAAUGUUACAGUGCUGCAGUAUAUCGGGGAACUGUGUCGAUACUUACUGGCAGUACCUGAGAGCCCACUAGAUGGCAAGCAUUGUUGUCGGGUAGCUGUUGGCAACGGGCUGAGGUCAGACAUUUGGGAGAAAUUCAAAAUUCGGUACAAAAUUCCCCAAAUAUGUGAAUUCUUUGGGGCCACUGAAGGAACGGUUGCCAUGAUGAACCUCAGUAAUCGCACAGGCUCAUGUGGUCGAUUUUCACCGCUAUUAAACAAGUUGGACCCAACACCGAAACUGCUGGUCAAGGUAGAUGUGGACACAGGGGACGCUAUCCGUAACAAGAAGGGCCUGUGCAUUCCAGUUGCCACUGGUGAACCGGGUCUGCUGUUGGGCACCAUUCCACCUAAUUACCAGAACAUGCAGUUCUACAAGGGUGGCCGCGAAAUCAAUGAGAAGAAAGUUCUCCGCAAUGUGGUCAAGGAGGGAGAUGCCUACUUCAACUUUGGGGACCUUCUUAGUGUGGACAAGGAUUACUUUGUGUACUUCAGAGAUCGUGUUGGCGAUACUUUCAGAUGGAAGGGGGAGAAUGUAGCCACAUACGAGGUGUCCAACAUCCUCACCAAACUAUCUUGCAUACAUGAUGCAAAUGUGUACGGUGUGGAGGUUCCAGGUUCAGAAGGUCGUGCUGGAAUGGCAGCCAUUCACUUGGAGGGCAACAUGCAACUGACCCCAAAAGUCCUGAAGGACAUAUUCAACCACUGUAAGGAAAACCUCCCCAACUACUCCCGACCACUGUUCAUCCGCUUUCCAAAGGAAGAAUCCAUUACUGUGACCCAUAAACAGCAGAAAACACAGCUUAGAAAGGAUGGUUUUCACCCGGAGAAUAUAGACGAUCCGCUGUUUUACUACAAUGAAGCGGCAGGGACAUACACCCCGCUCACACUGGACAAUUUCCAAUCGUUCCUUACUAAAUCAAGGUUGUAACUUUGGUCAUUUGGACCGGGACUACGGUUGUGACUGCAGUAACAGAGAUACUGAAAAAAAAAUUGAUGCUUUAAGAUGACCAAAGUGUGUCUUAUAUUCAAACAUGAUCCCAGUUAAAAAAGCGUUCUGUCAGGUCAGGAAUGAAUUUAAGUCAAGAUUUUCUUAAUAGUUCAUAAAAAGAAUCUAUACAGUAUAAGUAAUAGAGGCUAUUCAUUUUGAAAAUUAUCAAGUAAUAGAGGUUGUCUGAGCACUUUUUAAAUGACACACAUGUAUGUGGCCUUUAUGGAGAAUGCAAUACAGUAUUUAAUGGAGAAUCAGGUCUUUGUUUUUUUUUAAUUUUAAUUGUAAAUAUGGUUUUAUUUCAUUUAUUUGUUUCAAAAGUUGUUUUCGGCUUGUCAUUCCGAUGCUCAUUGUACAGAUUGUCAGUGAUUGUUUAUGUGUGUAUAACUCAGGAAGAAGUUACAGUAUCAGAUGUACAAUUAUGUGAACUCUGGAUGCCUGGUGACCCAUUAUUAUUUUGGUAUCAUCUUAAAGGGUGUUAUUAGUAGAAAAAAGAAUAUGUAAAAAUUAUACCGAAAACAACUGUUUUAAACAGGCUGUUUUGACCUUGAAAGAGUGAACAAUCGGUCACUUUACUUUUUGUUUCAUUUGAAAUAAAGAAAAAAACUUAAAAAAAACUGCCAUAACUCCAUCUGUUAUGAAUUAAUGAUAAUUUAUUUUACAUAUUUAUAAUAAGUUUGCAAUACUGUUUCAAAUGAUACCAGUUUUAUGAGGUAUAUGAGGUCACCAGGCCCUAAUAUUUAAUGUUUCAGCUUAUGGUACGAUCAAACCAAAAUAUUUUAUGAACAUUUGAUACCUACAUGUAAGCAUCUUGUAUUAUUGAAAAUAUGAUAUUUUUAGUGGAUGUGUAAAUGAAUUGUGAUGAAAUUACUGUUGUAGUCAUAGGGUAUAUAUUUUUAUAUUAUGAAACUGAAAUCAUUAUUUCAUUUCUUUAUUUAAACUUUGGAGAAAGUUAUUGAGAAUGAAUUGUGUUCGUGUAAUUAUGUAUGCUAUAUUGGUGAGUCUUAAUGGUUUGAUGUAGUUAAUUGUGUUCGUGUAAUUAUGUAUGCUAUAUUGGUGAGUCUUAAUGGUUUGAUGUAGUUAUUUGUAUUUGUGCAUUUUAGAAUAUAUCUACAUUAUUAUAUGUGUAAGAAAUGUUUUUGUAUAACAUGGUUGUUGUUAAACUCUGUUUUGUGUACAAAGUCGAUGGCAGAUUAUGAUUAUUAUUGCACGAUAUUUGUUGAUUUAAUGUUGAAUAUUUAAUCAAAAAUGUCUAGUCUUUACGGUACCUCAGAUGCACAAGUUCUAGAAUUCAAAGGUUGUUCAGUUACUUUCAUGUUCAUGACCUUCCAUGUAUUUUAGAAGGAUCAUAGGAAGUAGAAAUAUAUAUUCUGAGUCUUAAAAUUAUUUAUCAACCUGUUUUUGUUUUCAUGUAUCCAAAAUUAUGCAAAUCAAUGCCUCAUCAACACAUCCAUUGAAUACUGAUUUUUUACCGAAACAUUGUUCAGCCAUGUCAUUGUUUUACAAGUGCCAUGUGAUUAUAAAAUUCCUAGCAUCACAUUGAGUCUAAAGGCCAAAGAAAAUUUCCAAGAACUUUUAGAUCCUCAUUUCCACUUGCUCCCAUCGAAAAUCCCCACCAUUUUUUAUUUGAUGCAAACUUGGCUAAGCAAAAUUUAUAAAUUAUAAACAGCAUAUGCUUUUUUUAAUUUGACACUUAUAAAUUGACCCAACUGCCUCAUUUAUUUUUCAAAAUAUGUAUCGAUCUUAAAAUUAUUUGUAUAUGGCCUCAAAAAAGAAAAUCGAGAUAUUUAAUUUGUUACCUUUGUCUGUGAUACACAUACAUAUACUGAAUUUUAUAUCUUAACCAUUAUAACGAGAAUGAUUAAAAGUAAAGAAUAUUUA